CUAGCUAUGAAUGGAAGGAGCUGAUUGUGACCGUGCCUGCAGUCGCCUAAGAAGGCUACAACGAGAGACUUAACAGCCGUACCUUCGACUACACCAUCCAUCAACCCACCAACCCCUCCAGCCAACCACAGGUGCCAUCCACCACGGGUUGUCGGGACCCGUCUAGCCUAGUUGCCAAACCCAGGGGCCAAUCUACGGUCGCCCGCCCGCUUUUUCCGCCAAACCGUUGUUUCUACUCUUUGCGGAGAGGAACGUCUUGGUUGUGGCUCGAGUUCUGGCCAAGACAGGGACCGACUUGACUGGCUUGACUGACUGACUGAUAAGGGAUAAGGAACUGGCUAACGAACCAAACUGGUUACCAAGUCGACGGCAUCCCUCCCCCCUCCCCUCCUUCUGUGCCUUGCGUCAUCUUGGCCCAAGAACCAACCCGGGUCCUACGGGUCCAGCCGUGAUCUGAAAAUCCAUAUCGAUCUUGUGGGCUUGUGCUAAUGAGUGUGAAUCCGCAUUUGAAGCUGGACAUGGACCGCGUGGAACGCGAGGACGAGCGAUGUAGCUUCCUCCAGGCGUGUUCACGACUCGAUCAGCGCAAUAUCUUCAACUUGGUGGACGGCGGCGAACGCUUGGACAUGGCCGAUACCUUAGAUGACGUGGGUCAGAACGGGCUCCACUUUGUGGUGGCCACCACGCAUCCGGACGAGAAACGACAGGCUAAUCUGGUCAAGUAUCUCUUGAGUAAGGGGGCGGACAUCAAUCAAGCGCGAACCACCGACGGCUGGACACCGCUCUUUCUAGCUGUCAUGUGGGGCCGGGCCGAGAUCGUGAGCCUGCUGUUAGCCCGCGGGGCCAAGCCUCGGAUCACUGACCAAAUGGGCAUGACCUGCGAGGAUUGGGCUCGGGCCUAUCGCUUUGACAAAAUCCAACAGCUUUUGCUUCAUGCGCGUUCCAAAUUGCCUCAUUCGCGGUUUUCUAUUGUCACUCAGGGCCCCCCGUUGCAAAAUUUAGGCCCACGAAAUAGCCUCGGCAGCAACGACACCUUGUCAGAGUCCAGUCACAAUAGUCAAUCGUCGGAGGACUCCUCGCUCUCGACACCCUCGCCCUCUAGUACCCCGGGGGCGAACUCGCACCCCAGUGAACCCUCUCCGACUGAGGCUUGCCUUUUAACCGCUCAGUGAAGCUGAGUCGGGAUUGGCCCUUGGGCUAUCGAUGCCCCUAUCAGACACAUCGCCAGUGCGGCGGGUCGCCUCUCGCCUGUGUACAUAGUCCCGGCCAUAUGUAGCUCAUGGGCAUCGCCCCGUUUUGCAAUCACCGCGAAACGCGGCCCAAUGAGCCGCUAAUCCACCUCUUCAUCUCCUCCUCCCCUGCAUCCUCCUCCUGCCCGUUCCCUGAUCCUCUUCGUUAGCCUCGUUGCCGAGAUAAUGGUAACUGCCCCGUGUAAUCCGAUCGUCGCGUUCAAUCGCUUGUAUGCAUGUUUGGGCCGAAUCUUGGUCAAUAUCCAUUUUCAAGCCUUUAUAUCUUUUGUACCGUGACCGGACCCCGUGACAACCCCUUGACUCAUUCGUAAUUUGAACCGAUUGGUGGACCAACGCAUGUAUGGAAGAUCACACCUCAAAUGUACCUAGCCAUAGUAUCUCGCGUAGAUAUCUUGAUGUUCCGUGGGACACUUUUUUUCCCCCAUUUUGGGGGAAAAUCCUCCUGUCUCUUGGCUCCACUCCCGUCCCCUUAUUUUUGAGACAAAAUGGUAAAUUUGUAACAUCUCAAUACAACUGUGAGGGUCAACUUGUCAAAAAAUAAUUGCAAUUCCGGUGAAUCAAACGAGAACAAAUAAUAGAGACCUAUUGUAUUAAUUAUCAAAGUCAUGCAUACGCUCACCAGACUUUAUUUUUUGAAAAGUAACUAAAUUAUGAAUCGAAUUGCUGGUAACAGUAGAUGAUCUUUAAGAAAAAAACCAAUCACCCUAUUUAUUCAAUCGCAUCCUCUUUGAAGGAGUGAUAUAUCCAGUCCUUAAUGUGACAAUGAAUACAAAGAAAAACUCUUUAUCGUUGAGAAUAGAUUCCAUUUUAAUUUCAUUCAAGAAAAACAUGCCUUGAUCGAAAUAAAUGUUACACAUGUU